AUGGAGGGACGGAAUGCUCCUGCUCCAGUCAACUAUGUUCACCAGGACGAAAUAUGGAAGGCCCAUGUCAAGCUGGAGAAAGACUCUGCUGAUGUUUGGCCGAGAAAAUGGGGUUUUCUGACAGAGGAGUACAGAGAGUACCAGAAAGAAAGUUUGAAGCAUGCAGACAUCAGAGGGCACCAACAGGAGAAAGAGAGCAGCGUCCCAGACCAAAACAGCAACGCGACUUCUCUUCCAUUUCCUCGCACGUCACAGGCUGUGAUUGGCUGGCGCUCGGCUCAUUCUCAUCUGCAGCUGGAGAAGUUUGGAGCAGUGCAUCAUGGGAGACGGAGUUUUCUCAAAGAUCUGGGCUGGCCGUUGGACUCCUGCUGA